AAAAAAACCCAAAAAAAAAAAAAAUCCUAAUUAAUCCCCUGCUGACCCUUCUCUCGUCUUUCUUCAAUCCCCAUCUCAAUCUAAACCCAAAAACCCAAUUUUUAUUCCAUUAAAAAAAAUGAGCUCAAACCGCUGGCAGCAGGCGUCCACAGCUGCUCUCUCCGCUAGCCUGUUGUCUCUACUACUCUUCGUCUCCUCUGACCUCGUUCGCGACGAUUUCCUCCUCAACGCUCGCCACCUCCUUUUUCAUCACAAAAGGCGCAGGAUGGGAGAAGGCGCAGGAACAACAACGAGGAUGAGGACCCCGGGAACUAAUGACAGCGUUCUCAGCAACUGGAAGACAGCGAAGGAGGAGUUCACUUUCCCUGCUGGCUCUGUCCCUUUUAAUAGCUGCCACGCUUCGACCAUCGUCGAGGUCGGCAAUGGUAAAUUCUUGGUAGCUUACUUUGGGGGGUCGAUGGAAGGCGCCCCUGAUGUUAAAAUCUGGCUGCAAAGGUACAGCGACGGAUGGUGGCGGCCUCCGGUCGUCGCCGAUGAAGAGCCUGAUGUGCCCAUGUGGAACCCUGUUCUGUUCAAGCUUCCUUCUGAGGAGUUGCUCCUCUUCUACAAGAUUGGGCAGGAAGUUCAAAAAUGGAGCGGGGCCAUGAAGAGAUCGGCAGACGGUGGUGUAACUUGGUCGGAGAGAGAGCAGCUACCUCCGGGGAUUCUUGGCCCCAUCAAGAACAAGCCUUUGUUGCUCGAUGAUGGUCGAUUGCUUUGUGGAUCUUCGGUGGAGAGCUGGAACUCUUGGGGAGCAUGGAUGGAGGUUACUGGAGAUGCUGGCCACUCGUGGCACAAGUACGGACCGAUACAAAUUGAAAAUGAAACUCUUGGUGUGAUUCAACCGGUUCCAUAUCUGACGGGAAAGGGAACUUUGCGUAUGUUACUGAGAUCAUUUGAAACAAUAGGCAAGGUUUGCAUGUCAGAAUCAGUUGAUGGAGGAGUCAACUGGGGCUUUGCAGUACCUACGGAGCUUCCCAACCCAAAUUCAGGCAUCGAUGGAGUUAAACUGAAAGAUGGGCGUCUUGUCCUAGUAUAUAACACUGUUUCCAGAGGAGUGCUCAAAGUGGCCUCCUCGCGUGAUGAUGGUGAUUCCUGGGAUGAGGUGAUGGCAUUAGAAGAGAACACGGAUACGGAGUUCUCAUAUCCAGCUGUGAUCCAGAGCUCAGACGAUCUCAUCCAUGUCACCUACACCUACAACAGAACACAGAUCAAGCAUAUAAUUCUACAACCUAGCACUGUGGUGAGGCUAUGAUUUAGAUCAUGGUUUGUACAAGGAUCAAACUUGCAUAUGUAUAUCAUGGAUAUUUCAGGUGUAAAGUAAUUUUUGCAGUAAAUUUGAAAGUUCAUUGUACAACAUGAACACUUGAUAUAGUUUAUAUCAGCAACCCCGGCACAAUUUUUC